AUGCCUGGGUCACUUUCCGUCGCGGCGGCCAUGGAAGCCGUCAAGAAACAGAUCAAUAAACUGGUAAAAGCCUUUCACAGAAAGAACCCUGCAUUCGUUCUAUGUAAGCAUGAAAAGAGGAAUGCUCAGAGACUAGAUAAAUUUCUGGAUGGUUUUCGAGGCGUCUACUUCCUGAAACCACACGGAAUCAAGGCCAAAUGCCAUUACCAAGGAUUCUCUCGUCCUACCACUCAGGCACGAGAUGUCAUAAUAGCUUUGAUCCGUCUAAUGGAACUAGUAGAGCAAGCAGGAUAUUGUUUCGAUGGGAAGUUGACGAUGAAGAAUCUGUACUGGCUUUCUGAAACUAAGACAAUAAAAGUCUGGGGCCUUGGAAUCAGAGAUAUGAUCAAGAUGACCAAAUCAGGGAUCAAGUCAGAUUUCAAGUGGAUAGAAGAGCUCAUUAGGAACAAUGUUUUUGCCGGAUCAAAAGUUCCCAGGGAACUUAAAUACUUACUUGGUUACAUGGCAUCUGACCCAAUAAAGUAUGGAAAUCUCAUAAAGCACAACAUUUGUCUUCUGGACGAUGAAUCUAAAGUCGAGAAAUUUAUCAUUUUGUACCAGAAGCUGACAAUCAUCAGAAAAUUGGAUUACCAGAUUUUCCAAACAGCUCUUUCAUAUAUCAAGUGUGGUUUGUGUGGCGCCACGCAUGAUUGGCGGGCCAAUGUUAAGUUGAAUACUGUUCUUGAAAAGAUAUUCAGUUAUCAGCCAAGGGGGUACUACUCACCUGACGAAGCAGGUGUAGCAUUAUUUGGAUGCCACUGCAAUCAUCAUGGUACAGAUGAUUGUGUAGACUGUCAAAACCAGCUGAAGGUCAUAGAAUACAGCAAUGCUGAUAUCUUCCCAAUGUUGGAGUGCCAUGUACCUGGCCUGUUCGCCCAACUUCAGGAGGCCUUAUUUGAAGUCAUUGAGAUACGCUAUCCCCAUAAACUUCAGGGGCUGCGCAACAGAUGCACAGGAGGUGGUUAG